CGGUAAUGUUAUCUUUAGCUAGCAACAACAAUUGAAAAAAUCAAAAUGGCUUCUUAUGAUGUAAACAAUGAGCUCUAUCCCUAAAGAUUAGAAUAUAAUUUCGUGUAGACAGUAGGCUUAUAUCCUAUCAAGAUUCAAGAUCACUUCAUUCAAAAUUAAGGCUACACUUUGAAGCAAACAUGUCCUUCAAAAAUGGAUUUCAGGGAGGUCCUUUUUUUGAACUGUUCAGCUUACAAGGGCGUGACUCUAUGAAUAACUGGAAGAUAUCAAACUCUGGUAUAAAAAAGACCUAUGAGAAAGAAGUGAAAGGUUAUAUCCUGGCACUUGAAGGUGCUUCAGCAACAACUAAGGUUCAGGCUCCUAAAGACCAGAAACAAAGUUUAACUUUGGUCCAGAGGUUCCUAGUCCUACAGAUUUAUCUCUCUAAAGGAGCUGAUUUCUCAAUGGAACUUAGCGUGACAGACCUUGGGAAUAAUAAACGGAGAAUUUUGUUAUCCACAUCUCAGAAAGAAGUUCAAGUGACGCCUCUUCAUGCUAAAGUACCAUUAACGAUAGUAAAAAAAGCCAUAUGGCUCAACUUAACAUUAGACAUGGUUUCACUGGUUGGUGAAAUGUGGACCGGUCAGACAUUUAGGUCAGUCGACCAAAUUUCUAUAUCGGCCAACUGCAGGCUGAGACGAGUGUUUACUAUGAAAUCUCAACCACCGGACACUACAGAAGAUGAAGAGCUUGACCCCUCCAUAAAUUCUGGAGAGAUGGAUAACAUUCCUAAAAAUUGUCAGUUUGCACCUGAUGUUCAGCAUUUCACUCAGGUGAUAACGUUAAAUAAGAUCAAACAUGCCGAGCGAGUGCGGUCAGGUAAAGGGUCAACCCUAGCAGACCAGUACAGGCCUGGGUCCACCCUGGAGCUGGAUCUGAAUGCCAGUGGCAAGAAAAUUCAAACUGCUGAUGGGAAAAUAGCUUUUGGUUCCAAGGCCCCCAGAGUGCCGGAGAGUGGUAGGAAAACAUCUAGACAGGGAAGCGUUACCAACAGAAGCUUGAAAUCCCAAACUUCUAGAAAUGAUGGUGUUUCAAAUCAGAAUACGAUGACUGCCCAGGAAAUGGACUUGGAUGGAGGAGACCAUUUUGACAUAUCCAGGUCCCAUCACCCAGGUAGUGCUGGCUCUGUUCACCAAGAUCCAGUCUCUCUUGAAGAGUUCACCAAUGGUUUAAAAGACAAACAGUUGGUGGCCCCACACCCACCUAGGGAACCCUCGAAUGACAGGGUACGGAGGAGGCCAAGAAUAAAAACUGUAGGGCAAAAUGGUGUCCUUAACAGAGGUGAUGGCAGUGUAAUUUCACCUCCGACCUCCGCAACAUUGUCAAGUCAGUUUUCUCGGGGACAACCUGGCCAGUCGUAUUCUGUUAGUCCAAGCCAAGCGUAUGCCAGGGAUAGGCUAGAGGUCAACAGUAUUCUCAUGAAGGAUUCUGGAGUUGGGCCAGAUGUCCCUGAGAUUCAAUCACCAAGAAAAGGGGAGACAAGCAACUAUGAUUCAGUUGUUGAUGUUAUUUCCCUUUUGAGACAAACCGCUGAUCAGUCCCUGGAGAUGGAUAACAAGAAUUUAAAUAACAACAAUAACAAUAACAUUUAUGGCUGGAACAAAAAUGAUGACUUAACAAAGCUAGGAAAAAGGAAGAAGGAAAUGAGUGAUCAAACAAAAGAAGCUGACGUGAAUGUGAAGACGAGCAUUGAAGAUGAUGACAGCGUCAAGUCUAAUUCAGCCAGUGACAGUUCACACCUGGGGGAAUAUGAAGAAAGUGAAGAUGAGACCUCAGGGGACACAAACAAGCUUCACCUGUUUGUCUCCCCUCCCAAAUCAGCCACCUUAAGGAGAAAUAUAUCACCAAACAACACAGAGACAGAUGCUAAUCAAUCAAAAAAAAGUGUUUCCAGAAAUGUCCGCUCCAAUAUGAAGAGAAGCACAGACACCUCCUACAGGGGGGCGAGGCUAGAGGACGAUUUUGUCAGUCACAGUAGCAGCGAGGAUGAAAUGGCAGCCCGGACUGGAGCGGAUGUUUAUUUCCACACCAGGCACCGGCGGCAUGCGGGGAGCGCUGGCAGUGUCACGUCACACCGGCACCUCGACGACGGGUACAACAGCAACAACUAUGCCUCACCCCUCAAGGUCAGAGGUCACUCUGGGGGAUCAAGGCCAAGGCCAGUGACACACCUGGCCCCACAGAACUCUACAAGCCCUGAUCAGAAGCCCACAGUUCACUCGGCUAGAAGGGAGAGAGACAGCGUGACAAGGAUGAGCAAGAAGGCUUUAAGGGAGAUCACCAAUCCUCACACAGAUGAUCCAACAACAAAUAAUGAGAGGCCUUACGAUGCCACCAAGUACCAAAUGGAGGACCUGACAGAAUCCUUUGAGGCCAGGAUGUACGCCAGCAUGAGGAGACAGGGGGAGGAAGAGGAGAGAAACAUCUCACCUGUCCCCACCCACGCCUCAAGCACACUCCACAGAUCCCAGCCUCACCUGAACCCUGCUGACCUGGGGGUCACGACGCACCUGUGUAGCGAGUCCCCUGCCACCACCAGUGAUGAUGAUACCAGCUUCAGCACAUGGAAGGCCCCUGCACCAAACCAGACCCCACACAACUAUCAAGAUGAGAUGAAGUCCCAGAGAAGCAGUGAUACAUUAACUUCCUCUAACCCAAGGGACUGGAGUGGGGUCAUGAGUCCACCCAUUGGUCCACUCUCACACAUCCAAGACUUGCAUGGAACAAUGGAAGGGAUCUCUGACGAUUUAUCUGAUGAUCCAGUACAGCAAUACCAUGGUAGGAAGAACCUGAAGAGUGGAGAGGACGACGAUAAACUGGACGUUUGUUUUGACCCAAAACUGAACUGCUACUUUGACCCCAGAACAAACAAGUAUUAUGAGCUGGUCUCUUGACUGUGGCAGAUUUUCUUGAUUCAUCUCAACAGAAGUCUGUGUUUUCUGCUAGACUGGCAGAUUUUCUUGAUUCAUCUCAACAGAAGUCUGUGUUUUCUGCUCAAACGUUUUCCAAGAAUUAGCCUGACACCCAUUGUCUUGGCAUGUCAGAGGUUGUCAAAUGAUAGUUUUUCUAGAGAGUCAAAGUUUUUGGCUGAAAGUCAUUAUUCUAGUCCCAAUUUGUCAGACAAGUCAAUAUUUAUCACAGAAAAUAUGAAAUUUAAAAUGCAAAUGUCUUAUUUAGUCCCACUAUAGUUUUUGAUGUUUAGUUUAACUGUCAGAUUAGUGACGUCUCUAGAAGACAAUGUGAGAAAUGUCCCUCAUAGACUUGGGGUAUCAGUUUUGUUUUUGGUGUUUAGUGUGACCAUCAGGUUAGGUGAUGGCUCAUAAUGAGAUGACACAUGUAUUUAUAAACUUGCCAAAUUUUGUUUUUGGUAUUUAGUGUGACCAUCAGGUUAGGUGAUGGCUCCUAAUGAGAUGCCACAUGUAUUUAUAAACUUGCCAAAUGGGGAUGUGACUCCUCAAGCAGAAUGUGAUAUUAUGUCCCUUGUAUUUAUGUACAUAAAUAAAUGAU